AUGGGCCCCCGGCCCUCCACCCUCCUGGGCAUCGUGCUCUGUCUGGGCCAGAUGAUCCACACGCAGGAGGGGGCCCUGCCCAAGCCCUCCCUCAGGGCCGAGCCAGGCCCUGUGAUCCCCCGGGGACGGCCUGUGACCUUGGUGUGCCAGAGCCCAGCUGGGGCUAGGUUAUUCCGCCUGGAGAAGGAUGAAAGACAAGUAGUCUCUGAUCAGGAAAGUGUGUCUCAAGAUGGUCGGCAGGGGACAGAGGCCAGAUUCCUCAUGCACGCUGUGAAUGAACACACUGCGGGGAGUUACCGCUGCCUCUACAACCAAGGACCUAAUAACUGGUCUGAGCUCAGUGAGCCCCUGCAGCUGCAGGUGACAGAGGAGGACGUCUCCACUCGGCCCCCAGGAGCCGCCCCAGUUCCCAGCUCCACCCCCAGCUCCACCCCCAGCUCCACCCCCAACACACACACAGAGACCCACUCCUCAGGUGGCCUGUCGAGCACAUACAUUUACAUCCUUGUUGGGACCUCCGUGGCCUUUCUCCUUUGUGUCCUCCUGCUGGUCCUCUUCUUAGUUCACCGUCAGCAUCAGAGAAAACACAAGCCCCUCCACAGCAAAGGCGAGGAGCAGAGGCCCCAGGAAAGGCUCAAUCCGGCUGCUGACAUAACAGUGAGCACACCAGAUGAGGCCACAGUCUAUGCACUUUCUGAGAAGAAGAGGGAGCUGCAGAGCCCAAGCCCUGCUGCGGGAGACGCCCAGGAGGUGACAUACGCCCAGCUGGACCAGCGGGCCCUCACCCUCAGAGCAGGCCAGGCUGUGUCCCCACCGCCCGUGGAGUCCACAGCUGCUGCCAGCACAUACGCAGAACUCCCCAGACGCUGA